AUGGCUCCCCACUUUGUGGCGAUCAGAAAAAUUGACAUACUAAUUGCCACAACAGGCAUUGAAACUUCGUCUAAUUAUGAUGUACGAAAAGAAAAAACCCCAAAUGGCGUGAGAGGGUUUUACUUUUACAAAAGGGUUUAUGGUCUGUUCCGAAUUUUCAAGAAUAUGGAUAAAGUGGAGCCUUAUGAUUGCUGGGAGGGCGUGGUGAAUGGGUGUCUAGAUGACAAAGAUUUGGACAAUAUACUAAGUAUAUUGGAUUUUCCGGUCGAGGGUUUUGAAGGAGAUGAUGGGUUUACUGGGGAAUGGGAUGCCAGCAAGUCGCACUGUCUCGGGCCUAUACCGCCUGACGUGCUGACCAGUACGGGCCCCCCGGUUUUACCGCCUGUGCCAACUGCCGACAGUGAUGCAACUCCUGAGCCACGGCAUCAGUUGUCCUACCAACCGAAAGACACAACCUCUCGUACCCUUACGAACCAAUUCAUGGAUGCUCAAACGAUUUUCCACACACAAAGCCCUGUUUCGGUGCUCGAAGGCAACAGUGGCCCUUCAUCCGUUAUUAAAUCCUGCACCAGCAAGCGAGCCCGGUCCAGACGGGCCCGCCCUUCAGGCCCAGGCCCUUGGCUCUCCCUCCCCCCUCCAUUUGCUGCUGCAAGAAAGCCCGGUAAAGCCAGGGGUAGGAGAAAGAAAUCAUCUGCUGUCGAGGGAGACCACAGAGAGACUGAGCCACCACAAAAUGGGGUAAAAAGAUGCAUGCAUUGUGCAGUUACAAAAACGCCCCAGUGGAGGGAGGGCCCGGCGGGCCCAAAGACACUCUGUAAUGCGUGUGGGGUUCGGUACCGGUCGGGCCGGCUGUUUCCAGAGUAUCGGCCAGCUGCUAGCCCGACAUUUGUGCCGUCCAUGCACUCGAAUUCUCACAGGAAGGUGAUUGAGAUGAGGAACAGAGCCAUAUGGCAGCCAGCGGGCGAAAAUUUGGGCCCCAUGCCUAUGUCGCCCGAGAUGGAGUUUGUCCCGAUGAGUAGCUAUUUGUUCGAUCACUUGAGCUAA